UAACCCAACCCAGAAACUCCAUAGCGUUGCAGUUCAAAAUGAUGCAGAGGGUUUAAGAAUUAAAGCUAGGGUUUUAGUCGAUAAAAUUCAUUCACACAAAUAACUUCAAGCUUCAAAGGUUACUUACAGCAUCAAUGCAAAAUCCCUCCUUUAAUGCUUCAUCAUAUUGCAAAGGCAACAACAAGGUUGUUCUCUACUGGUACACCCAUAUCAUCUCAUUGCCCGAACCCUGAACUACUGCAUUUUGACUCCUUAUUAAGAGAAUGCAAGUCAUUAUCGCAAGCCCGAAGCAUUCACCAACAACUCUUAACAAGAGGGCUUCUCUCUUUACUGUCAUUAUCAUUAGGAAAGGGCAUUGCAGUCACCUAUAUAAAUCUCGAUGCUCCUACCGGUGCCCAAUUCGUAUUGGAGAGGAUAUCCCCUUCACCCGUGUACGGCUGGAAUUUGCUCAUUAGACACUAUGUCAAACAUGGUCAUCUUAAUCAAGCUCUUACCUUAUGUCGUCGCAUGAAAAGUUUGGGGACUAAUCCCGACCAUUUCACUUUCCCUUUUGUUCUCGAGGCGUGUGGGAAGUUGCCUUCGUAUAGUCAAGGGACUGUAGUUCAUGGUGUUGUUUGUAGUAGCGGGUUUGAAUCCAAUGUAUUUGUGUGCAAUGCAUUGUUGGCUAUGUAUUCACGAUGUUGUGCUCCUGAGGAAGCUGGCCAUAUGUUUGAUGAAAUUACUCAGAGAGGGAUAGAUGAUAUUGUGACAUGGAAUUCUAUGGUGUCUGCUUAUGUGAAGAGAGGUUGCCCUAAGCUUGCUUUGGAACUUUUUGGACAGAUGACAAAAGGGUCGGUGAGUGAUAAGGAUGGAUCAUGGAGGUCAGACGUUAUAAGCCUUGUGAAUGUGCUUCCUGCUUGUGCUUCGUUGGGGGCUUUGUGUCAAGCUAGAGAGAUUCAUGGGCAUGCUAUUAGAAAUGACCAGUCUUCAGAUAUUUUUGUUGGUAAUGCGAUUAUUGAUGUGUAUGCAAAGUGUGGGAUGAUGGAGGAUGCUGUCAAAGUUUUUGAUCAAAUGCAAGUUAAAGAUGUGGUCUCUUGGAAUGCAAUGGUCACCGGGUAUUCACAAAAUGGUAACUUUGAAGAUGCUCUAGAUCUAUUUAUAAAGAUGCGGGAAGAGAAUAUAGAGUUGAAUGUUGUCACAUGGAGUGCUGUAAUUGCUGGAUAUGCUCAGCGAGGCCAUGGCCAUGAAGCACUCGGUGUCUUUCGAGAGAUGCAAUUGACAAGGGCAGAACCUAAUGCUGUCACCAUCAUCUCUCUGUUGUCUGCUUGUGCUUCAGUUGGAGCACUUUCUCAAGGGAAGGAAACACACUGCCAUGCUCUCAGGAGAUGCUUAAUGUCAUGUGACGAUGACGAUGGUAAUGGUGAAGAUCUCAUGGUUCAAAAUGCACUUAUUGACAUGUACUCAAAAUGCAAGAGUUUCGAUGCAGCUAAUUCAAUAUUUGACUCCAUAGCUAUGGCGGAGAGGAAUGUUGUUACUUGGACUGUUAUGAUUGGUGGCUAUGCUCAGCAUGGAGAUGCCAAUCUUGCCCUACAUCUCUUUUCACAGAUGUUGCUCAAUCCUAUAUCAGUUGCUCCUAAUGCAUUUACCAUUUCUUGUGCACUGAUGGCUUGUGCUCGACUCUCAGUUCUUCGUUUCGGUAAAGAGAUUCAUGCUUACGUGAUUCGCAACCGAUAUGAAUAUCCAAUGUUAUUCGUGCCCAAUUGCCUUAUUGACAUGUAUUCCAAGUGUGGUGACAUCGAUGCAGCUAGACGUGUCUUUGAUGGGAUGCCUCAAAAAAAUGAUGUUUCUUGGACUUCCUUGAUGACUGGAUACGGAGUUCAUGGCCAUGGUGAUGAUGCUAUUCUUGUUUUCGAGGCAAUGCAAGAAGCUGGAUUGGUCCCUGAUGGGAUCACCUUCCUCGUUGUGUUAUAUGCUUGUAGCCAUUCAGGCAUGGUAGAUCUAGGACUUAAGUAUUUCAACAACAUGUACAAGGAUUAUGGGGUGGUCGCUGGUGCUGAACACUAUGCUUGUGCAGUUGAUUUGCUUGGUCGUGCUGGUCGUAUGGAUGAAGCUUGGGAGAUGAUAAAAAGCAUGCCUAUGAAGCCAACUGCUGUUGUUUGGGUUGCUUUGCUUAGUGCCUGUAGAACUCAUGCCAAAGUGGAGCUUGGUGAAUAUGCUAGUGAAAAGCUAUUGGAAUUAGAGUCAGAUAAUGAUGGAUCAUACACGCUGCUAUCCAACAUAUACGCCAAUGCUCAGAGAUGGCGUGAUGUCGCACAAGUUAGAUGUUUAAUGAAGAAGACAGGAAUCAAAAAGAGGCCAGGGUGCAGCUGGAUUCAAGGAAAGAAAGGCACUACUACUUUCUUUGUUGGAGAUAGGAGUCAUCCACAGUCAGAGCAGAUAUAUGCUCUCUUGCGAACCUUGAUUGAACGAAUUAAAGCCCUUGGAUAUGUACCGCAGACUGACUAUGCGUUGCAUGAUGUUGAUGAUGAGGAGAAAAGUUACCUUCUUUCUGAGCACAGUGAGAAACUUGCUCUUGCAUUUGGCGUUCUCACUGUCUCUCCCGGGAUGCCCAUUCGCAUUACAAAGAAUCUGCGUGUCUGUGGUGACUGUCACAGUGCCAUCACAUUUAUUUCUAUGAUUAUCGAGCAUGAAAUUAUACUGAGGGACUCUAGUCGGUUCCAUCACUUCAAGAAGGGCUCAUGCUCUUGUGGCGGCUACUGGUGAUGAUUCAUUUCAAAAAAUUUAGGAAUUGUAUGUUAUAUAGUAGAUGCUACACAAGCAAGAAAUAAUUUUUUUUCCUAAGAAUGAAAGAUCAUUUGUUGUUGUUGUUGUUGUCGCCUACAAGUUGAUACUAAUUUCCCCUACAGUGAAGAAUGAAGCAAGUUCCACUGCA